CCAAGGAUUAGUGUUUGGUGAGUGUGGAUUUGGGGAUAAAGGUGAAGGGAUUUUAGGACAGACGUCGGGAAGAAAGAAAACCUGAUGGGAUAAAAGCGUUCGUAAUCAGUGCGGAAAGGAGCAACAGAAGACUAAACCUGGGCUCCUUAGGUGACUUGGGGACCAGCCAUGGAAAGUUUGUCUGCUAAAGGAGAGGUCUCUGGGACGCGGAGAGCUUUAAUAACAAGGGGGCUAAGAUCUGGUCAAAAACUGAGUGAAUUUGCGGGAGAACAGCAUCCAGACGUCCUGGAGACAGAUUGAGUUCCGGCUUCCCUUCCCUCCCGCUUCAGUGCAAGUAAGGCAGAAUGAACUUUACUCCGACACACACACCCGUCUGCAGAAAAAUAACAAUUGCUUCCAAACGUGGUGCUGCUUCUGGCUUCAGUGAGCCCCAUAGGUGGAAGAAAAUGGCAGACUCAGUGGAGUCAACUCCGCUCCCUUCAAUCGAGGAUCGUCUGGCCGUCCUUUGCCCUUCGCAGGAGCUUCUGGAGUAUUAUCAGAAGAAGAUGGCUAACUGUGAGGCAGAAAAUGAGGAGCUGUUGAAGAAGUUAGACCUCUACAGAGAAGCCUGUGAAGGGCAGCAUAAACUUGAAUGGAAUUUGCAGCAGAGGGAGGAAGAGAUUGCUGAGUUGCAGAAAGCCCUGAGUGAUAUGCAGGUUUGCCUCUUCCAGGAGCGGGAACAUGUUUUACGACUCUACUCAGAAAAUGACCGACUAAGAAUCAGGUUUCAGGGGCUGAACUCAGAUGCCAAGUUUGUAAGCAUUCUCCAGAAGACUAUCCAGGCUGCCGAUGUAUGUGAACAGUAUGAUCCUUCAGCUUUCAAAUCAGAUCCUAAAGUAAGCAAAAAAAGAGCAACACUAAAAGAAAAGGAAGACAUAUCUGAGCGUUACCAGAGGGAGGUACAAACACUCAUCCUGCAGGUGGAAGCGCUUCAGGCACAGCUGGGAGAGCAGGCAAAACUUUCUAGAGAACAAGUUGAAGGGCUCAUGGAGGAUAGACGGAUUCGAAUUGAGGAGAUACAAGUUCAGCACCAGAGAAAUCAAGACAAAGUCAAAGAGCUGACCAAAAGCCUCCAUCACACCCAAGAACUGCUCUAUGAGAGCACCAAAGAUUUUCUACAACUAAGAUUUGAGAACCAAAGUAAAGAGAAGGUGUGGAUGCUUGAAAAAGACCACUUGCUGGCAAAGAUUAAGCAGUAUAGAGUGCAAUGUAAGAAGAAAGAAGAUAAGCUUGGAAAAGUUAUUCCAGUUUUCCAUGAGAGUCAUCACACUCAGAAUGAGUAUAUUAAGUCUCUGAAGGAUAAGCUAAUACAAGAAAAAAAGCUGUCCAACAUGUACCAAGAACAGUGCAUCUCCCUAGAAGAGGAACUUGCUCGAAUCCGGGAGGAGGAGGAAAUGAGAAGAGAGAUCUUCAAGGACCGCUCCAACAAGAUGGGUAGGCGCCUACAGAUAAUGACAAAACGCUAUGAGUCCCUGGAGCACCGGCGCGCCCUGGAGGUAGAGGGCUUCAAGACAGACAUUAAGGCUCUUCGGCAGAAGCUGAAAGACCUGGAGCAAAUGCUCUAUAAGGCAACAGUGACUACCCAGGGGAACCAGGACCUUGCCAUUCUGUGUGAAGUUCGUGACAGCAAUAGAAGAGCACAUAAGAUACAGGGGGAACUGAAGAACCUCAAGUCCAAGGUGUUCGGUCUGGAGAACGAGCUUAGGCUUUGUUGACGUCCACUUUCUGGGGAGGUCAGCUUCCUGAGGCACAGUCACCUGUUCCCAGGCAGUGGGCAUGGAGUUGACCAGAGCAGUGAUGUUUAUUUCUAUAAAGGUGGUGUUAAGGGCGUGAUGACUCACAUCUUGGGAGGCAGAGACAGGAGAACUGCCACAAAUUCAAGGUAGAGGCAGGUAGAGCUCUGUGGUUCAAGGCCAGCCUGGUCUACAUAGUAAGUUCUAGGCCAUCCAAGGCUACUUAGUGAAACCCUGUCUCCAAAAAAACAAAAACAAAACAUCAGACCCAGAAAGGGAAAGAAAGACAGAAAAAAAUAACAGUGACCGAUGGGUGUUGAAAGGCUGCGCUUGCACCAACCUUCUGUCUCACUGUUGUGGCGUCUGAACUAUAGCCUGGAUUACUUGGAGACAUCCUACUCUUACAUAUUGGCAGGCUUUUCUCUAUUUAAAAAGACAGUCAUGGGGUGCUAGAGAGAUGGCUCAGUAUUUAAGAGCACUGGCUGCUCCUCCAGAGGACCCGGGUUCAGUUCCUAGCACCCAUAUGGCAGUGCAUGCUGUCUAUAACUCUAGUUCCGGGACUUCCAACACCCUCACCCAGACAAAACACCAAUGCACAUAAAAUAAAAAUAAAUAGAAGGGCAGAGGUGGGAUGUAGCUUAGCUGGUGAAGUGCUUGUCCUGUAUGCAGAACCCUGGGUUCUGUCCCUGAAGCUACAUAAAGCCAGUCUUGGUUGCUCACCUAUAAUCAGCCCUGGAGAGAGGUAUAGGUGGGAGGGUCUGAAGUUCAAAUUCACCCUUGGCUAUAUGGUGAGUUCCAGGCUAGCCUGGCUAUAAGACACCAUGUCUAAAAAACAAAACAAAACAAAGAAAGAUGACAAAAACUCAGGAAGAGAUGUUUUGCUGAGCUUGGUUGAGUGUCAGUAGGAGAGUGAACUUCCUGCAGGAUCCAGGCAAUCCUUCCUGGCAGGAGGGGAGGAGGCAGCAAAUGACAUACUUAAUGGCACUUAUUUAGCUGUAUAACUGUGUUGUGAGCGUGUCCCAGUGACCCACCACCAGGAGGCAGUACAGCUGUGCUCUUCAGUAGAAAUGGUCUUCAGGAAAAGGGUGCCACUUUAAUUAGACAGUGCAAAACCAAAAUGAUACUUAAGUAGCAAAGUUGGACAUUU